GCCAGUGAGACCAUCCUUCUCACCAAACCUCCCAUCAAUGUUCUCAAUCUGCCAAUCCAUUUAGCCAACAGCCAACCCCCUCCCACCUGUCUUCCUACUUUCUCUUUGAAUGCUUUGCACACCCCCUUCCCUCCUGUCCUUUAUAUACAAGCACUUAUAUCUUAGCAUCUUCAACCAUCCUAUUUCUCUCUGCACACCUUCAUUUCUGCAUCCAUAGAAUGAACAUGGGACCAGAUGAAGGCCAGUCUUGUCACAAGACUGUCUGUGUGAUGGACGUAUCAGGUCCUCUUGGCUCAUCACUUGUUGAUUGUCUUCUCAACAGAGGCUAUUAUGUCCAUGCUGCCACCAAUAACUUGCAUGGUGCUUUGCAUGAUCUCAAGGGGUUGCCAAUUGACAACAACCGGCUAAAGCUCUUCCGAUCAGACCCGUUUGACUAUCAGAGCAUCGUUGAUGCUCUGAAAGGUUGCUCUGGUUUGUUCUACAUGUUUGAGGAAUCAAUCUAUGAUGAGUUCACUGCUGAAAUAGAGGUUAGAGCUGCACUUAAUGUGUUAGAGGCUUGUGCUCAAACUGAAACUAUGGAAAGGGUUGUUUUCACAUCAUCGGUGACUGCUGUUGUGUGGAAGGAGAAGCGCGAUUUAGACACCGAUGUGGAUGAACGUAAUUGGAGCGAUCCUGAAUUUUGUCGAAAAUUCAAGUUAUGGCACGCUUUAGCGAAGACUCUAGCAGAGAAGACUGCAUGGGCACUGGCCAUGGACAGAGGAGUAGACAUGGUGUCGAUAAAUGCCGGUCUUUUGCUUACUGGAGGCCAGCUAUCCCCGGAGAAUCCUUACUUGAAGGGUACACCGGAAAUGUAUGGAGAUGGAGUACUCGUCACAGUCGAUCUUAAGUUCCUUGUAGACGCUCACAUUUGUGUUUAUGAGAACUCGUUGGCCUUUGGUCGAUAUCUCUGCUUCAAUCACACCGUCUGCCGGCCGGAGGACGCUGUGAAACUAGCCAAGAUGCUUGUUCCCUCUUCCCCUGCCCCUCCUCCAAGUGAUGGUUUGAUGGUAAUCCAGCAGAGGAUUCAAAACAAGAAGCUAAACAAACUCAUGGUUGACUUUAUUGAUGAGGUACACGUGGACGAUUAGGAGCCGUCCAAAUGGGGUCUGCCAAAAGAUGGACAUUGUGGAGAGAAUUUUUUUUGUUUUUAUUUUUUUCUGCUUAGUGUUCUAAACUAUUAUUAUAUUUGCCAUUUGAUUGAAUUAAAAUGUACUGUAAAUUGCUAAUAUCCAGCUCAAUCU